CAGUCAUUGCCAUUAAUAGAGACCUGAAACACCGCCUGCUAAAAAUAUCCGGUUGGAGACCCAUAAAAGCCCUAGCGGGGCCAGCCGCCCCACAUUCUCCGAACUUCAGCCAGACGCAUCCAACCGAGCUGAACCAGCAUGACUGAGCGCCGCGUGCCCUUCUCGCUCCUGCGGAGCCCCAGCUGGGACCCUUUCCGCGACUGGUACCCGCUCCACAGCCGCCUCUUCGACCAGGCCUUCGGGCUCCCCCGGCUGCCCGAGGAGUGGUCGCAGUGGUUCGGCCACAGCGGCUGGCCGGGCUACGUGCGGCCGCUCCCUGCAGCCGCGAUCGAGGGCGCCGGGCCCGUGGCCGUGGCCGCGCCUGCCUACAGCCGCGCGCUCAGCCGGCAACUCAGCAGCGGCGUCUCGGAGAUCCGGCAGACGUCCGACCGCUGGCGGGUGUCCCUGGACGUCAACCACUUCGCCCCCGAGGAGCUGACGGUCAAGACCAAGGACGGCGUGGUGGAGAUCACCGGCAAGCACGAAGAGCGACAGGACGAGCACGGCUACAUCUCCCGCUGCUUCACCCGGAAAUACACGCUGCCCCAGGGUGUGGACCCCACCCUGGUCUCCUCCUCCCUGUCCCCUGAGGGCACACUCACUGUGGAGGCCCCGAUGCCCAAGCCAGCCACCCAGUCUGCCGAGAUCACCAUUCCUGUCACCUUUGAGGCACGUGCCCAGCUUGGGAGUCCAGAAGCUGGGAAGUCCGAGCAGCCUGCUGCCAAGUAAAAGUCUCGACCUUGCUGCCCAAACACCCCCACACCCCAGUAGCCAUCGCUGGCCAUCCCCACUCACCAAUCUGUAUGCUCUUUUGAUACGUUUACCUUCAGUUUUUCUCAAAUAAAGUUCGAAGCAACCGCCA